UGUAACGCGCGUUAGACCGACCAAUUAACGCACGCUAUAUACAGAAAUUAUGGAGUCUGCUGUCGAGUUGUUGAAGAAACUGAGACACGAAUGGAGCAGGAAACCAGAUGCUGAAGCAAUGAGACGCUGUGGUGUUUUACUUCCUCAAUUGAAGCUUUCGUUGACUUCUCUUGGGUUUCUUGCUGCCGCCAAAAAGCAGCCAACAGUACAAGAACUGAUCAUAGCAAGAGAUGGUCUGGAAAUUGGAGCUCUAUGGAGCAUUGAAAAGAGCGAUAUUCCCACAUUUGAACGCUACAUGGCUCAGCUACGCUGUUAUUACAGUGAUUAUAAGGACAGCCUGCCUAAGUCGGCGUAUCAGUAUGAACUGACGGGAUUGAACCUGUUGUCACUGUUGGCUCAGAACCGAUUGGCUGAGUUUCACAUUGAGUUGGAAGUUCUGCCUCCUGAUGAUUUGUCAGAUAAUGUGUAUUUGAGACAUCCGAUUGCAUUAGAAAGGUAUCUAAUGGAAGGGAGUUACAACAAGAUAUUUCUCUCACGAGGGAACGUCCCAUCCGAAACAUAUAACUUCUUUAUUGACAUGUUAGUCGAUACAGUGAGGGAGGAGAUAGCAUCUUGUGCAGAGAAGUCGUAUCAGCAGCUAGACAGAAGGGAAGCAACAAAGAUGCUCUUUUUAGACUCUGAAGAAGACAUGGAUAAGAUAGCCGAAAGUCGUUGUUGGGAGCUGAGGAAUGGUUUCUAUUGUUUCGAUCAGAGAGAGAAGAUGGAUGUGGCAAUACCGUCGAUUCAAGUCAUUCAUCAGACUCUUGAAUAUGCGAGAGAGCUUGAACGUAUCGUUUAGAUAGACUGAAGUGUAGAAAGAAAUUCAGUCUUGAUAGAGACGUGGCCAGUAAAAUAACAGGCACUUGUUCGUAGCCAAUUCAGAAUACACAUUAUGAAUCAAA